AUGACUGAGAGGUUCAACGAAAAGUUUGAAGUCACCAAGGCUUCGGAUGGUGCAGAUUCGGGGCUAGACACCCUUGCGCCGACAGCUAGUCGCUGUACGCAAAAAAUCGCUGAGUCGGACGCGGCUAUGGUACAAGGUGAAUGGAUUGCUGAAACAGGUUCGCAGGUCUCUCGCCAAGUCUCUCGUCAGAUUUCCCGUCGUGAUGUUGAAAACGCGAGCCAGGAGCUCAGCGACUCAACCAACGAUGACGAUGAGUUUCCCGAUGGCGGCUUAGAAGCCUGGCUCGUUGUGCUGGGAGCCUGGUGCGUCUCAUUUUGCAGCUAUGGCUGGAUUAACAGUGUUGGUACCUUUCAAGAGUACUACCAGACGGGACCGCUCAAGGACUAUACGUCGAGUCAAAUUGCCUGGAUUCCGUCAAUGCAAAUUUUCCUCAUGUCAUUCUUGUCGCCGUUCACAGGGAGAAUCUUUGACAGAUAUGGCCCACGUUCCCUGCUUCUUGUUGGGUCCUUCUUGCACGUCUUCGGCCUGAUGAUGGCAUCACUGUCGACAAAGUACUACCAGUUUAUGCUCUCACAAGGACUCUGCAGUGCCAUUGGCGUCUCUGCCACCUUUCUGGCAGCCAUUGGAUCAGUCAGCGGCUGGUUCAAGAAACGCCGCGGUACAGCGUUCGGAAUUUUCGCUACUGGAUCCAGUGUAGGGGGCGUCAUCUUUCCCAUCAUGCUCAGCAACCUCAUCAAGUCUAUCGGGUAUGGCUGGGCGAUGCGGAGUGCUACCUUCAUCAUCCUCGCCCUCCUCAUCGUGGCCAACCUCACUAUCAAGGCUCGGCACCUCAGUGGCGGCCGUCAGAAGCUUUCGAAAGAACUCUUGGCUCGCCCAUUCCACGAGAAGACCUUUUUGUUGUUGCUUAUUGGUCUUUCAUUGGUUCCGUUUGGUCUCUAUACCCCGAUAGACUAUAUGCCUACUGUCGCCAAGGCGGAGGGAAUGCGCCAAUCCCUCGCACAGAAUUUGGUCGCUUUUUACAACGCUGCAAGUUUGAUUGGCCGUGCUGGUUCCGGCCUUCUUGCUGACAAAUUUGGACUCUUUAAUAUCUUCUCGCUUGCCUGCUACGGAGCAGGUAUCUGGGUUUUGGGCUUGUGGAUUCCCGGAGGAGAGAAUGAUGCUGCAACUGUAGCCUUUGUUCUCUUGUUUGGUCUCUUCUCAGGUGCCUAUAUCGCGCUGAUGGGGGCCCUGGUGGCGAGAAUUUCACCGAUUGAAGAAGUUGGCUAUCGAAACGGCAUCGGCCAGCUAUUCGGUUCUGUUGGUGGCUUGGUUACUGCUCCAAUUGCUGGUGCCAUUCUUCAAAGUCCUGCAGGUGUGAAUGGAUUGAAGGCAUUUGCUGGAGCCUUUAUGAUUGCCGGAACAACUGGUAUCGUUGCAGCGAGAAUUUCGCGAACAGGCUUCAAAUUGGGAGUCAACUUUUAA